AUGGCGACACCAAGGCGACGCGCGCUGCAAACGCCCAACGCGACCAGCCCCGGCCCGACGCUUGACUCCAUCACUGUCGCCGGUGACGGAUCAUCGUCCCCAGAGACGCCAACAAGCGACGACCUCCCCGACGCGACAGUGGGCACUCCCAAUCAAUCUAGAACAGAGGCAUCUGCAUCUGCUUCUUCAGCACGCCCAAACCGCACGCCUGGCCCCACUCCUCGCCCGUUCGCCGCCGAGACAAGUAAUCGGAAAAACAACAAUCGGUCGACUUUGGACUUGCUCUGGGGCAGCAACAACUGGAAUCCUCCUCCUUCCAUCACUGGCCCAAAGCCCAAGGACCAGCUCGGUGUGAGGGACACGUCUAUUCUAUGCAGCAUAUCGAAUCUUGCGGUUGAAAACAACGUCGACCUCCCGUCCCUGUAUCGUCCCGGCGGCGUCAUCUAUGACGCUGCCGCAGCACUUCACAAUCCGAUCCAAUGGUCGUCCAAGGUACUGUCGGAAGCCUACAAAAGGCUCAGAGAGCAGUACCCGGACACAGUUCUCAAGCGCAAGAAGCACCCAAACGCUUCACGCCUGUCGCUUUCCUCGAACCCAGGCCCGCCAGGGACGCCCACCCCCCUCCACCUGACCGCUGAGACCCAACCGACUGCCAGCAGCCAGGCUCCUGUCGAGUCACCACGAGAACUUAUGCCGCAACCCAUUGUGCGUCGGGCCCGCAGCCUCGAAGCUGCGUCUUCGCUAGCACGGAUGCUCGAGCAGCGCACAGAGAAUAUAGCUCAAGCAGCACUCCAUUUCCAUGACCGCGACUUGGCGGGUUUGACGGAUCUUCAGAGGCGCUGCCUGGUCCAGUUGGAAGGGAACUUGCCUCUGACAGUAGACUCAAUGCGCCAUCUUGGCAAAUGUGUCGAACGGCGCGUCGACCACCCUGAUGCGUUUUGCGCAGACUUUUCGUACAUAACCGGAGACGUUGAUGGUGCGAUUCCGGAGGGUUUGCCCGAUGGUUGCGUUGACAGUGGCACCGACGUGCUCCUGUUGCCGAUUCACCACAAGGCCGACGACUCGUGGUCUCUUGCUAUCUGCAACUCGGAAAGCGGCGUUUUGGAAUGUUACUCUCCUAAAGCAUCGCAAGGUCGUCUGCAGUCUUUGCGGGACAUUCUUCUUCCUUGGUUGGAUGCCUUUUUCCCGCAUGCAGACAUAGACAUGCACGUCCUGGAGGGAACAAGUUGCGAACACCCUGCCGACAGUGGUGUUUACGUUCUUCUAGCGAUUGAAAACAUGAUGCGCGAUAGCCAGUCUUGGGGCCUGUUUGCGCAGCUCGAGGAACCCGCCGAAAGCCUUCGCAAAGUGCUGCGGCAGUACCUGUCUGACCUCACGAUCGAUGAAAGAAAGCCCAAGCAUCGGCAAAGCGAUGGUCCGCGGCCGACUACCAAGCGCCCUAGUUCUCUCGUUGCCCCCGAACAGCCAGCUGCCAAGCGACCCUGCCUCGCACGUCCGAUGGAUCACCGCGCACGCGCCAGCGCCAGCGCCAGCGCCAGUCCCGCGCUUUCAAGAGAGAGCCUCGAGAGAGUCAAGUUCAUGAUCAGACAAGCAAAGGUCACUUAUCAGGAGCAAUUUCCUUGCGUAGCAGAUCUGCAGACCUCCGUUGCAGCGCUCGAGGCCAGGCUUAGCGACUUCAAGCAGGAAGCCUCAAAAUGGCAAGCAGCCAGCGACGCCAAAGAGUUUAUCUUCAAAGAGGCACAAAGCAAACAAGAAGCAGCAAAUCAUGAACUUCUGGAUGCCCAACAAAAGCUAGAUGAAGUAUUGGCAGUUGCAGCAACGUUGGAAAAGACCCCAGGGGCUAGUACUUCAAGGUCAAUUGCCAACAUCCUCGAGAUCACACGCAAAGAAGUUCAGGCAUGUCAGGAUGACCGAGAACUUGCCAAAACGAGACUUCAUGACUUGUCGAACAAAAUAAAUGAAGCGAAAGAGGCAUUUUGGGAAGCCCAGGAGAAGCUCAGCACCGCUGAACAGGACGUGUUGACCACGAAAGAAUCGUUGGACGAUGUUGCCCAGGCACUCCAGCUGGGCAAGUAUCUGGAAGACUUUACUGGUUGA